AUGCCUAAUAAAUACGGAGCCCUCGGCGCAACCUUCCAAAUCGCCCGCAUCGUUCAAGCCUGCUGCCUCAUCGCCAUCAUCGGACUCACCGCGAACUUCAUCGCCGAGAUCGUCGACAACGACGCCACUCCUCCGGGAAUUUUCAUCGGCACCAUCACCAUCACCUGCAUCGCAACAAUCUACUGCAUCAUCACCACAAUCCUCUUCCUCGACGAUAUCCUUCCUUUCCUGGCGUCCGCGAUCGCCGACUCCCUCGUCCUGAUCGCGGUCAUCGUGGUAGCGGUGAUCAUAGGAAAACCGCUCUCGUAUUUGCAAUGCAAUGAGAUCGCGAAGGUCGCUAGUGAGGGUUCCUCGGCGUAUGCGUUUGCCACGCAUCUGGACAGUUAUUUGAAGAGUUUGAAUGGGAGAGUCGAGUAUGGGAGUUUGAUUGGUGCGUCGAAGGAUGUUUGUUUGGAGGCGAAGAGUAUUUGGGGGUUGAGUAUUGGGUUGUGUAUUAUGUUCUUCUUCUCUGGGAUUUGCUGCGUUUGUCUGUGGAAGCAGAAGAAGGCUGCUAAUGCUGGGGCGGAGAAGUUGGAUGGUUGA